UAUGUAGCUUAUAUUCUAUUUAAACAAGAGUAUGUUUUUUUCGUUUGGUCUGUUGAACAUUGAUAUUUUAAAUAAGUGGGAAUACUUCAGUAUUACAAAGAGCGAUGGAGGUCAAUCAUCUCUAACAAGGAUUUUCAUUUAUGCAGCAAAGCAGAUGAAUACCUGAUUGAGUAGUACUCAGCUCGGAAAUUCUUAGAUUUGAUCUUAAAUAUGCCAAUGUCUCCUUCGUGUAAUAUGGAAAUUGUUUCGUGUUAUGCUAAGUAAUUGUAAUGUGAAUAUCGACUACGGCUAGUUUUUUUUUACAUUCGAUUUUAAUACUCUUAAGAUAUCCAUGUAUUUUCAUUUUCACCAAUGAACGUUCUUUUUUAUUGCAACGAGAGGUAUUUCUUUUCUUUUGGAAUCAAGGGUACUGUCGAGUGAUUUAGGUAGUUUCAUGUUGUUUGGCUCCAGUUCUUACCGCCACAACACGAAACUGUCUGAAUUACUCCCAGUUCAAUGCCACGCCUAUAGAAGUUAUUAUUGGAUACCUUGAGCUCACAAUCGUCUAAAAAACGAAUGACGAUCCAUCGACUGUAUACCGUGGUAUAUAUUAUUUAUCUACAAUUUAAAAGUUAGUGUGAUUCCACCUUGUCCCAUUUGCUUUUAAUAGCCUAGAUCCGUACCAUUAUUUUUAAAUAUUCUGUGGACAUUUGCAGCUGAUUUCGACGCAGAUUUACAAAAUAUACUUUAAUUCUGCCUUCACGUUGUCGUACCACAUUUGUAAAUAAGCUGGGCAUGGUCCUUGAAAAGGAACGAUGGGGGGUGGGCUUGGAAUUAGCUUGCUUUGGUUGUUGCGUGAUUUAAAGAAGAGGUUUGCAAGGCCUAGGUUACGAUCACUGCAGUCUCGACGGAGCCGUGAGCGUAACAGCGACCUCAGUGGCUCGCGCUUAGAGGUCCGGAUGCAUUUGCUGGCCACUAAGGUUAACAUAAAAGAAUGCUUUUAUUGCCGAUAUUUAGAUCAGUCUGUUGUCUGCCGGAGGAUAAUGUAACACCACUAGCAUUGGGCCUAUAGCCGUCGCUUUUACUUUGUGAUAAACAGCGUUACGUGGUAUGUAUACGCGCUAUAUAUGUAGGCUAUAUGCCACAGUUUUUAACGAACUUUUUGCUCCACUCGCCCGUGUCUGUGCGCGCUGUCCUGCUUUUUAGAUUGUCCUUCUGGAAGGAAAAAAUCCUGUAGCAGUAAACAGGAAUUAAUCGUGGUCCUAUAAAAUGUGCAGACUUGCCGCUCGGUUCUAAUAAACAGUGACGGAAUGGACGAUAAAAUGAUGCUUAGGCGGACCGUACUUUUUCAAAGUGGGUUUGGUUACUAAUGGCUAAAACCAAAUUCUUAAAUGUAUCACAUUUAUUUUUACUGAAUUUAAAAUGCCAUUCGGUGUUAAGUAUAAAUUUAUAUGCAACCGUACUUCUAAUUAUGUCUAACGUGCGUAUAGCCAUUUGCAGAUUAAUAUAUAAAAAGGCCUAUAUGGUUUUUAAAGCUACGAAUUAUAACUUAAUUAAACUGAAGAUAAACACAGUGAAGGAAUUGAAGAAAAUCGGAGAAGUUAUUGCAUAUUACAGUAUCUUUAAUACAAUACAGGACAAGAUAAAUACUGUUCAUUCCUACGUCCAUAAAGUAUUUAUUAUACAAUUUAUAGACGCAUGAACGCAUAUAAUAUUCUAUAUAUUAAUAAAUAUUUAUUAAGACUUUGCACACAGACCCAGUAGCGCACAUAUAUUACUAUUAACAAUAAUAAUAAUUGUAAUUUUGGAUUUGGUAAAUCAAGUAAUGUUUUUAUAGGAAAAUGUGAAUAGGCCCAGUUAAUUUUUACAGAACUACAGUAAUGAAUCACUUUUUGUUACAGUAAAUUUAACAUGCUAGGCUUAAAAGAGGCAUUUUGAUUAAGUAUCAAGUGGAUGCCAUUUUUUUGUAUGAGAAAGAUGGCAAUCCUCGUACGAAGGUUUCUCCCGACUAUUUCCAACGCACUUAUCAAUCCAUCCAGCAAAGGUGCAUCUGAUUCGGCAUUAUUAACACACAUUUAUUUUCUCAGAUGUUUUGUUUCCAUAAAAUUAUACGAUUUUGCAAAAAUGACAGCAAAACAAAGAACAUCUUGAAAUGAAGGAGCAGAUUUAUUCUUAUUGUUGUGCCUUGGGGUCACGUGCUUCCUCUGCCCAAUCACAAAGCAGAUAACGUUCAACUCCUGGCUAACCGCAGGUCUCACUGAGGCCAAGUAGAUCCUGAUUAUUUUGUGUUGAUAGUACAGUGCAUUUUUCUGUGUUUUUGUGCAAGUCCAUGUUUCUAAAAUGUCAGCGUCAGGGGCAUUAGGUUACUUUGGAGACAAUCACACGGUUCCAGAGUCAGAGGACCUUUUAGUGCCCAGAUACCAUUCGAGUUCAGGGCUCCAGCAUGCGAGGCAGCCUGUCCUGAAUGACCAUAGCGACCUCGAUCCGUGCCAGUACCCAGCGAAAACAUCUCCAUUCGGCGCAUCCUGGGCCCCAGUGCCUGAGCAGCAUCCAAGCAGCGUUUCCUCUAUAUACCAGCCGUACGCCAUUCCACAGGGCCAGACAGUCGGCUCUGAAGGAGUAUACAUGAGAUCAUGGCUGUUGGAACCGUCUACUGGAUCGCUGCCUUUUACUGGACUACAGACAAACGGGCAUUAUCACGUCAAAGCUGAACCUUUGCCCGACAGAAGAGAUUGCACUACAUUUGAAUCGAAUACGCUGGUUCUGUCUGAUUUUUCGACGGGAUUUUCCCGAGUCGUGACAGAAAAAAUCCCCAGCGACAGCAAUUCCUCCGAGCCAACUGAAGAGAGCGGUUCCACCGAGGAGAAGGUAGACAUCGACUCCAAUAAUCCUGUGUCCAACUGGCUUCACGCAAGGUCCACAAGAAAAAAGCGCUGCCCGUACUCAAAACACCAGACUCUGGAGCUGGAGAAAGAGUUUUUGUUUAACAUGUAUCUUACUCGAGAUCGCAGAUACGAAGUUGCAAGAUGCUUAAAUCUCACUGAAAGACAAGUUAAGAUCUGGUUUCAAAACCGUAGGAUGAAGAUGAAGAAAAUCAAUAAAUGCCAACCAAAAGACGAUUGAUGCUACAAAAUGGUGAAGAGCAUACAAUGGAAAAUGAAGAACUGGCUAUUAUGUGGUAUUUGCUUCAUAAGCAAAAUUUACAGAUCUGUUUCCCAGCUUAUACAGGUUUCAUGCGGUAAAUUAUUGAACUCGCCAAAUUCAUCUGUAUUUGAUUUGUCGUAUCUAUUUGUAUUAUAUCGUUUGAUAUAGACCGUACCUUUGUGUUUGGCGUAAACUGUAAGCUUCGUUUUCAGGAAUUCUGUAAAAAUCUGAUAAUAAUUUUAUUCUGUUAGUGAUGAGUUGUUUCGUGCGGUGAAUGCAUUAUUUGUGUAUUUACUAUAUUUAAAUUUGUUUCCAUUUGCAAAUGAAACGGGUGCAUGUGCUUCAAUUGCGUCGAUACGAAUGCUUACGUAUUAAACGGAGACCCUUCCGAACAGGAUGCAGCGGUUAUAUACCCUCUUAUAUGUCGUUCAGCGGGCUAAAAACUGAGUACGAUAUGUAUCAGCAAUAUAAUCAGUUGCGCAUCUUAUUUCUAUAGGCUUAGACUAUAUCAAAUUUUAAAGUAGGGCGUAUAUGUCUUACGAAAUAUAUUUUUGUGAUUUGUGAUAGGGUAUUUGGUAUGUAUAGUUUUUUCAACGUGAAAUUGCCACUAUUAUUAUUAUUAUUAUUAUUAUUAUUAUUAUUAUUAUUCAGUAUUAGUAAUACUGGUAAUAUAAUCUUAAGUAGUAGUAUGCCUAACGAUAGCAUUGUCAACAACAGUAGCGAUUGUAGUAUGCAUUUUAUUAUUGUUAUUACUAUAUCUGAAUACCUGAGAGUAGUUAUUUAUUAUUGUGAAACCUGUGAAACUGAAAUGUUUAUUUAUUUUAAGAAUAAUUAUUAAAUAAUGAACCAAAAUGCAACUGUGUCCUUCAAAUGCAAUGCCAGAUUAUCCUGCAAUUAUACUAAAUAUUAUUCAAAUAGUCUCGAUUUUUUUUUAGCCUAAUAUGCACAAAAUGAAAAGUGGCUUCCAAUAUAAUAAUCAAAACAUAUACGACAGUAAUUAUAUUAAUGUAGUAAUAUAUUAUUCUACUAGAAUAAGUGUUUUAUUUCCUAUUCCGCUUGUGGGUUAAAGCCAAAGGACUGCACAUUCAUUGCUGCACUUUUCUGAGAUAUUUAAAGGAUCAGGGAAUGCUUAUGGAGUACUAAUGGAACUAAUACACAAAGUACUAACAAAUUAAUAAAAUAAAAGCAACUGCCAAUUAGGUGGCGAAUUUUUCCAUCCUGAGUGAGCGUGAACGGGCCUGUGUUGCUCCUCGUGCAUUUUGGCAGAGGACGUUGCUAUAGUUGUAUCUGCAGCAAUAAAAGACAAUCGCGGCUGUAACUGUUUAUGGGGUGCAACAAGCUCGAGGGUGAGAGAAUAAAACACAAGAAAGACGCUGGACUCAUGACAGUUGAUUCAAAGGUUCCGGAAAAAAAACGCAAAAUCCUGUUUGACUUAUAUCGAUUAUAUAAACAUUUUAAUUUACAGUUUGAGACUGAGUAAUCCGUUUCAUAACAGGUUGAUCAGAUUGGGAAAUAAUAAGGUUAUUUAGCGAGACGUAUUUAAAGUAGGAAAUUAAAAAUCAGCUUUGACAUUACUUUACUGUACACAUACGUCUAUAUUAAGCUGAGUAAUAAUUUACCACAUAUCGGACUUAUUUUUCUAAAUCCAGCGCUCCUCUGCGGAUGAACCAAACUUCAAAGGCAUGUCCUGCGAUAGCGCAAUAAAUUGUGCGGUCUGCCUUUCUGUCUGGAAUUUCGCUUUUUAUUGGUUUAUGACUGUUUAGCCUCGAAUAGGUUACUUUCAAAACGCGCAUCCAUUUGUUGUUCUACCUCUUCACACAAAAGGCAAGCGGAAAUACCCCCAUUUUAUUAGAGUCUCCGUACAUGGCCCCUUUCCUUCUUUGUUGUACCUGCUCUGGGAAAGUUUUAAAUAAGGGUGAUUCUUUGGACAUUUCAGAAUAGAUCGAGUCACUUCUUUUUCGAACCUGCUCGUUUCUUGCUUCUGUAAGAGCUCUUCGUGUCCGCGUGUGUGUCAAUCACUGCGUAAAUAAGCACCCAACAGCAUCACGCAUUCUAGCUCGAUAUCGUGCUUCUCGGCAUCCGUUGCAAGACUUUAACACUAACAGUCAUAUACAAAAAGGCACAUUAGUCAAAAUCAUCGACUAUAACAAUGACCAAACUCGUUUCAUUCUGGUAUUUCAAGAGAUAACCGAGAGAUGGCAGCAAUGAUUCGUAAAAAAGGAGCAUUUUAGGGUGAAUAGGUUUUUGGAGAAACAAAAUGAUGUAGGUUAACGAAUUAUACCGCAAUUUCAGAUUUUUUUUUUACUACACCCCACGUAAUUCGACAAAGGAUGAUAUAUAGAUACUGACUGUACUCUGCUUUAUUCUCCCGAACAGUCAAAUAGUCUAACUGUAGCGUCAUUUUAAGACUAUAGGAUAAUAAUCGCUUCUUCACAAGGUGGCCUACAAAACUGCAUAACAUUAACACCAGCCUGUUGUAUCAGAGUAACCUGUCAUAAAACGCGCAUUACUAAUUAUGCAAAUAGAUCAUGUUAUUAUUAUCACUACUACUACUUUUAAUGAUAGACCCAACUCAUCACUCCCCAUUCAUUCUCUUUAGUUAAAGCAACAUUGAUACAAACGGUAAAAGGUGCGCAUGCGUCUUCUCAUACAGCAUACAGCAGACUUACAUUAUAUUCGUGAGCCAAAUUCAAAUGUUAAAUAUAAGAAGAUGUAAUACAAAGCGUACCCAAGUAUAAAGUAUUCUAAAACAUUCAGAAUAAACCUUCAUUAUUUAAAGAAAAACAGCAAAACCUUUUCUUACACAGGUGUGCUCUAAAAUCUGAACAAAAACAGUUACGUGGAAAUUGGCAAUGGUUUUUAACAACUGCAAUUGGAUAUGCCAAUUGACACGUUCAUUGUCCGUUUUUAAAAUAUCACCUAUUUCUAAACAUAAAUGUUACUAAUUACAAAAAGGAAAUAUAUUUUUAGUUCACCGCUACUGAAUAAUCAAAAAUAGCUAAGUAGGCCUGCAUCAUAUUCGUAAAUGUAGUAUUUGAGCUGAAAAAGCGCAGGUCUAGAAAAUGUAGAGUUUAGAGUAUUUAUAGGGCUGUAACAUGGAGCUCAAGGUAGAGAAACAACAUUUAUGUCUAUGUUAAAUCUGAUUUUGUUUUUUGUCCUGGAAUUAUUUUUAAAUACGUCACUUCAAAAUGCUCUAUCGCCAUACUGACAAAAUGUGCAUUAAAAAUAAAAUAUCUGAUGAACAUGA